AUGGAUCGCACCGCCAUGUCACCCGCGACGACGGCGACGUCGUUCGCCGCCAUGACAACGCCCUUCGUGCAGGCGGCGUCAUGCGCAGAUCUAUGGAGCACGUCGACCAUUGUAACUCGCGGCGCCGGGCGGAACAGCACGUCCGUGACGCUCCCCAUCCUCGUCUCGGACACAACGAAUCCCCGCUUCGCGGCCUGCCGGCCGCCUGGAAUGAACAAGACUGCUCCCGAAGACCACUUGACCUUUAGUCCUGCCGUGUGCCCGAGCGGUUGGACGGGGUACCAGCUCUCUCUCAAGAGCACAGCUCUGAGCGCUCUACAGCCUUCCACUAGUGUGUCCUUGUACACGUUCACGACGGCGCAAUGCUGCGCGCCGGGCUUCACUCCGGGCUGGUCAGGGGCUCCGGGAUAUCCUGACGAUCUCCCCAGCUCGGUUUCAAACCGCAUUUCCCCCGCGUGCUGGAAGGUCCCGCCACGCACGCUCCCAUCGUCCACCGCCACCACCACCAGGAGCGACGAGGUCGCGCCCACGGCCGACGCCGCCGGCAUUCCGCGAGUGCAUAAGGCGUGGCAGAUUAUGUGGGCGCCGACCGACGCCAGCACGCUGUCGCCGCCGCCGCCGCAAAUCUGCAGCACCAGCGGUUGGGGGAUGGCGAGUUGGGUGCCCAGCGACCCGCCGCCGACGCAGACCUGCCAGCCGUCAGAAUCGGGCCCAAGCUGGGAUUCUUUGAUAAUCCUGGUCGCCGUCCCGCCCGCCGUCUGCUUCAUCCUGAUCGUCGCCUGCUGCUUCUUUUGCUGUCGGCGCUGGCGCAGAAAGCGUAGAGCAACAAGGGUCGGGAUGGGGCAGGCGCAGAUGCAGACGCAGGAGAAAGGACGAGAAACGAGUUACGCCAAGACGACCACAGGGAAUGGCGCUGUGGGAGCCGCCGCCACGUGA